CUACUAAAAUAUGGUCUGUUAACUGUCACCAGGGUACAAAUCCAAUGCCAAAACGCCGCCGGGGUACGCCGGUAUGAAAACCCAUGCACUCCCAUCGAGGACAAGUCAGGUAGUUAGCUCUUAGCUACACUGACAGGAAUUCUGCGGGCUGAGUGUCACGGUUUAUAUUGGAAUGCUACGUCAGUUAGCUUGCUAUUCAACGGCUUUUCUUCCGUUGCGCAACAGCUAACGUUAAACGGUUUCCAUCGAACGCAUAUCCCCUUGAAUUGCUGGUUGGCUAGCUAGCUAGCUAGUUUGGAUUUCCCCGGAAGUGAGGUGGCCACUUGGAGGAGCAAGCCAAAGAUAAACACGUAUCAGAGAGACUCAGGUAGGCGUCUUUGGGGGCAUCAAUGUUAGUGAACUAGACAGAGAAAUGCUCGAAGAAUGGAAACGUAAUUGGUCGUGAUAUAGUUGAGGGAGCUGAUACAUCUUGUAAUCAGAGUAAACACCCCCAAAUCAAGGCGUUGGAACAAGCUCAGCAAAGUGCAUUCCGUGGCGAAAACGUCAUCGAAUCCCUGUAGAUACUGCCUGCACCAUGGUGCGUGCGGCCCUGGUGACUGCCACCAGUCUGGCUCUGACUGGCGCAGUGGUUUCCCAUGCCUACUUGCUCAAACACCAGUUCUACCCCACUGUGGUGUACCUGACCAAGAGCAGCCCCAGUAUGGCGGUGUUGUACAUCCAGGCGUUUGUGUUGGUGUUCCUGUUGGGAAAGUUCAUGCGUAAAGUCUUCUUUGGACAGCUGAGAGCUGCAGAGAUGGAGCACCUGAUCGAGCGGUCCUGGUAUGCUGUCACAGAGACGUGUCUGGCCUUUACAGUGUUCAGAGAUGACUUCUCUCCCCGCUUCGUAGCACUCUUCACCCUGCUGCUCUUCAUCAAGUGCUUCCACUGGCUGGCCGAGGACAGGGUGGACUUUAUGGAGAGAAGUCCUAAUAUAUCCUGGCUCUUCCACUUCAGGGUGUUAUCUCUGAUGGUGUUGCUGGGAGUUCUGGACUUCCUGUUCGUCAACCAUGCCUGUCACAGUAUCAUCACACGGGGGGCCUCUGUCCAACUGGUCUUUGGAUUUGAGUACGCCAUCCUGAUGACUAUGGUGCUCACCACCUUCAUCAAGUACACCCUCCACACGGUCCACCUCCAGAGUGACAGCCCCUGGGACAACAAAGCAGUCUACAUGCUGUACACUGAGCUCUUCACUGGUUUCAUCAAGGUCCUCCUGUAUAUGGCGUUCAUGACCAUCAUGAUAAAGGUGCACACCUUCCCCCUAUUCGCCAUCCGGCCCAUGUACCUGGCUAUGAGGCAGUUCAAGAAAGCCGUAACGGAUGCAAUAAUGUCCCGGCGAGCCAUCCGCAACAUGAAUACACUUUACCCAGAUGCCACCCCUGAAGAUCUGCUGGCUUCAGACAACGUGUGUAUCAUCUGUCGUGAAGAGAUGGUGACUGGAGCCAAGAAACUUCCCUGCAACCAUAUCUUCCACUCAAGUUGCCUUCGCUCCUGGUUCCAGAGACAGCAGACGUGUCCUACAUGUCGUAUGGAUGUCCUCCGGGCCUCUAACCCCAACCAGCCCCCCGCCCCAGCCCCUGCCCAGCCCCCUGCUCCAGCAGCACCAGCCAACGCCCCUGUCCCUGGUCCACCUGGGAACGUUGGCCCAGGAAUGAUGCCCCACUUCCCCCCAGGGCUGUUUCCUUUCUGGGGCCCCUUCCCUGGAGCGGCCCCCCCUGCUGGUGCCCCAGAGGCAGCUCAGACUCAGGGAGCUGGCACCAGUCAGUCCGCUGGGGCCAGUACAGUCGGUGCUGCUCCGGCUCCAGGAGGCCCUAUGCCUGGGUCCCCUUUCCCCUCCUUCCCACCCCCACUGUUCCCCUCAGCUCCGUGGCUGACUAUGCCACCACCUCCACCGUUUGUGUCAUCCAUGCCCCCUCCUCCCCCGGCCCUGUCCACCAUGUCAGAGGCUGAGCUGAGGGAGCUGGAGCAGGAGGGCCGUAGAGGCCUGGAGGCCAGACUGCAGUGUCUCCACAACAUCCACACUCUACUGGACGCUGCCAUGCUCAACAUCCACCAUUACCUCACUACCGUCGCCACACUCACUCCUCCUCGGUCAGAAAACAGCAGCGCUGCUGGCGAGGCCAGUGGAUUAUCUCCUUCCUCCACUAGUGCAGAAACCCAGGAGAAUGACUCUCAGAACAGUACAGCUGCUGAACCAGAAGCUGUGAACGGGGCGACAGGUUUCUCCCAGCCAGACUCUACCACGUUGGGCGACAGUGAAGACAAGCGGGAUGGAGAGGAAGUCGGGGAAGAUGGAGAGGAAGUCGGGGAAGAUGGAGACCCCAACCCUUCAGAGCUGAGGCGCCGUCGUCUCCGCAAACUCGAGACCACACCCCCUCCUCCUGACCACUAAUACAUGCCUACUGGUGCAUUCUGGGAACUGACUUAUCAAUCAAUACAUUUAUUGAUGACCAAUUUAGAAUAAUAGCUGUAUUUUAUUUCUCUUUUCCCCCUCCUGGCUCUGUGUUUUGUGCUGUUCAAACUCCGACAGAAAGAGGAAGAAGGAACAUGUUGUGUUCCACAACCUUUUCGUUGUUGUUGGACAUAAAAGCAAGAUUUCUACUGCCUGACAUCUUAUGAUCCAUCUGUAGGUGUUUUGUUUCCCCCCUCUUCACACAGACCGGACUUCUUCAAAUACAGACCUGACCUGAGACCGGACUUCUUCAAAUACAGACCUGACCUGAGACCGGACUUCUUCAAAUACAGACCUGACCUGAGACCGGACUUCUUCAAAUACAUACCUGACCUGAGACCUGACUUCUUCAAAUACAGACUUGAUCAGUGACAACAAAGUGGACAGUUAAAAAAAAAUCUCAGGUCACUGGUAUUUCUCCUUCUACCAUGGAGUUGAUCCAACCGUGAAAGGUUGAUUUUUCUUCACUGUAAAGUUGAUCACCCUUAUUCCCCAGCUUGUCAGACUGUGUUACAGGGAGGUCUGACACAUUGAGUUAAAGGAAGCCAUGUUAAAUUGCAGUCUGGCUUUGUCUGAAAUGGCACCCUAUUCCCUAUGUAGUGCACAGGUCUCUGGUCGAAAGUAGUGCACUACUUAUCUAGGGAAUAGGGUGUAGCCAUAGCACCCCGAGUGAUGGACGACGUUAUACUGUUUCCCCCUUCAUUUCUUUCUCUGAUUUCUGGGAUAUCAAGAUUUUGCUGCAGGCGGGGGCAUUAUAACUUAUUAGGAAAGUGGGUUGAUUUAACCUGUAUAUACUGUAAAAAGAGUUUUAAUAGGAUGAUCUGUACAUACUGCAGAAUAAACCAUUGAAAUGAAACGUU